AUGGACACUGUACCACCGCAUAUUCCGCUGGCAAUCGACGGAGAUGUCAUCCGGGGAAGAGGCUCGUCCGAUGACCUUGGCCCGUUGGCAGCCCAGAUUUUAGCUGCAGAAGAACUGAGAAAGGGAGGCAAGAUACAGAAGGAGGGAGAUAUUGCCCUGUUGUUUGUUGUCGGUGAAGAAAACGGCGGUCACGGAAUGAUUGCUGCAAAUGACAUGGGCUUAAAGUGGGAAUCCGGCAUCUUUGCUGAACCGACCGAGAGCAAACUUGCAAAGGGUCACAAGGGGCAGGUGGCAUUUGAAGUGAUCGCCAAUGGCAUCGCUUGUCACUCGGGAUACCCCCACCUUGGCAAAAGCGCAACUUCUGCGUUGCUGGCGGUGUUGAAUGACCUCUCCGCAGCAACUUGGCCCGAAUCCGACCUCCUUGGCCCUUCCACUUUCAACAUCGGAACUAUCGAGGGAGGCGAGAAGCAUAACAUUGUCGCCCCGUCCGCCAAGGCACUAUGCGAGGUCCGCAUGGUCUCCGACCUGCCCGGCAUCAAGACCAAGGUUGCCGAGAUCGUUUCACGACAUCCGGACGUGGAGUUGAAGUUUGUUUUUGAGUACCCUGAAGCGCUGCUGCAAUGGGAGAUUGAGGGCUUCGAUGCGGCUCCCGUGGCUUUCGGGACUGACGUACCUCGACUCAAGGCGGAGUACUGCGACAACAGGGUGCUGUACGGGCCAGGGUCGAUCCUGGUAGCUCACGGGCCCGACGAGUUCAUCCGUGUGCCGGAGUUGAUUGAAAGCAUAGAGGGAUACAAAAAGUUGGUGCUUCACUUUCUCAAGUAG